UACGCUCAGUUGCUCGCUCGCUUUCGUUGGGUUCGCAGUGAGAAAACCAAAACAAAGUUGUCCCUCCCCCGAAGGGUUUCGCUUUCUUUGCCCAAGAGUUCAAGAGUGUCAGUCAUUUUAUGUGACCAAUAAUAGACCAAGCGCGAUUCUUUGUUGAACCAGAAUUACCCAAGAACAAAAGUUUCUGCAUCAGCGUUGGAAAAAAUCUAUGGAUUUUUUUGUUCUGAAACGAGAAUUAGUCGUUCCUGGAUCGCAUUGGGUGAUUUGAAGGAAGCCCUGGGGGUUUAUUUUCGUGCGAAGUGCAGGUCGAAAAGUUUCGGAAGAAUUUACACGUUCAAAUAGUUACUCUCGGUUCGAAGUUAGAGAGUGAUUUUUUGGUGCACUUCCGGUACGGUACGCGAACUUUGUUGAAAGAACUUGACCCGAAUAUUGAGGCUGAAAGUUUUGAGUGGAUUCAGUGAGGAUACACAGUGCAGUGGCCACCCAGUAGAAACCAUCUGUUCGAUUUUGUAUAUGUAUGGUUAAUAUACGGGCUACGCGAUUUGGAAUUGGUGAGAUUAGUUUUGUUCCUGAUACUACUUUUGACCGCUUUAGAACGGACAGAAAAGGCGCUGCAAUCUGCCUCAGUCGCUGAGAACCGUGGAAGAAUGUCAUAAAAGAGGUAUAAUGUAACACGUAAAAAAGAAAAGGAAAUAAGGUUCAAAUUAUUGGCAAUACAAGUGACCCGAACCGAAGAAAUCAGGAGAAAAUCGUGAUUGGAGGCGAACAAUAGAAUUGAGGAAUCAGAGGAGUGCGAUCGAAGAAAAGAGCUAAAAAUAAAACACCGAGGUGACGGAAAUCUAAGAAGCGAUCCCGUGUAUACGGUGCAAGAGUUGAAAGUGCGAAAGAGAAAGAUCUAGAAUCAAAUUUGGAUCCGACGUAGUUCAGCGCAAAGAAGAAAAAUCCCCGAGGUUCAGUGUUGAGUGUUUGCCACCGAUAGUGUGUGUUGUUAGUUAUAUUACUAUCCAGAGGAAGCAUUUCCUAGUGUGAGUUGUACAACAUAGAAUACAGCGCAGAUGGCGAUGCUGGCGAUAGCGAUGGAUAACAAAGAGAACGUUUUCAACGCAGCUCGUGAUGGCAAAUUGGUUGUCCUGAAGCGAUACAUCAGCGGGCGGCCCCAGAAUGAAAUCGAAAUGUUGGUAACGGCAAAGACAGGUGGCGCCACACCACUGCUGAUCGCCUGCAAAAAUGGCCGUUACGAUGUAGUACAAUACCUAAUCCAACGGUGCCACGCCGAUGUCGAACAGCCAGGCUCAGUGAUAUUCGACGGUGAAACGAUAGAGGGUGCUCCGCCUCUAUGGUGCGCCUCUGCUGCCGGCCACACCAGCGUAGUAAAACUUCUAGUCCAGCACGGUGCCAAAGUGAACAGUACAACCAAGACAAACAGCACACCCCUGCGAGCGGCUUGCUUCGAUGGUCACUACGAAAUCGUAAAAUAUUUAGUUUCACACGGUGCCGAUAUUGAGGUGGCGAAUCGCCACGGCCAUACCUGCCUGAUGAUCGCCUGUUACAAGGGACACUACAAAAUUGCACAAUACCUUCUAUCGCUCAAGGCGGAUGUGAAUCGGCGUAGCGUGAAAGGCAACACCGCCCUGCACGAUUGCGCCGAGUCCGGUUCGCUAGAAAUCCUCCAAUUGCUCCUACAGCACGGUGCUACUAUGGAUGUAGAUUCCUACGGAAUGACACCCCUGUUAGCAGCCAGCGUCACAGGACACCUGCCCAUAGUGGAACACCUCAUUAGUUUGUCAUUCGUAAAACGAGGAGACAGGAUAGCUGCCCUUGAACUCCUAGGUGCUACCUACGUGGACAAAAAACGUGAUAUGCUCGGUGCCCUCUCUUUCUGGAAGCGUGCCAUGGAAGAUAGAUAUAACAACAGCCCAGUCCUGCCGAAACCCGAGCGUGAACAGGUCCCCGCCUACGACUUCGCCCAGGAAGUGAAUGACCUUAGCGCCCUGGACGAACUGGUGAUGGAUCCGGACGAGAUGCGUAUGCAGGCGCUACUCAUACGUGAACGGAUACUCGGACCAGUCCAUCCAGAUACCAGUUAUUACAUUCGCUUCCGAGGUGCCGUCUACGCUGACUCAGGUCGCUUCGACCGGUGCAUAGAACUGUGGACGUACGCUCUGUCGAUGCAGCAGAAUAUCCUGGAACCCCUUAACCCUAUGACGCAAUCAUCGCUGCUGUCAUUUGCCGAAUUGUUCAGUUUCAUGCUAGGCGAAGCCGGUCGGCCGAUCACCCGGGGCCGAAUUGUGCCUCCGAUCGAAACUCCCGAUAUGUUGAUCAUUUUCAAGAAAUCGAUCCGCGAGGUACAACUCGGCCAGCGGAUGCUGGAACAGAUGCCAUCCCAAGACCGGGACAGCACAGCGCUGAACCGGGCGCUCGUCAUUUCACUGCAUUUGGCCUGCCUUCUGGCACGGUUACUCGACGAAGAUGAGGAAAUUUGUUGUGAUAGUAUGAAGCACCAGAUACUGCGUGCAUUCUACGAAUUAGUCAGUUUAAAGGUCGUAGCCAAAUCCGGGCGGACAGCGCUACAUCUUGCGUGCUACAAGGAGGCUGCCCUGGUUGGCCGCUAUCCGGCCUGCCAGCUGCCAUCGCCACGGCUCGCCAAGGCACUGCUUCAAGUCGGUGCCAACCCGAACGCACAGGACGAAGCCGGCAAUACCCCCCUGCAUUUAGCUGCACUAACGCGACCUUGCCCGGCCGAUUUAGCACGAACUCUUCUGGAAUACGGAGCGCAUCUAGACACGCGAAAUCUGGACGGGGACACGUUCGAAUCGCUGCUGCAGAACCAACGCCUCCACGAACUGGUCAACCCCCUCAAGCACACCCGUCUGUCCUGUCUGGCCGCCCGGGUCCUGCAGCGCCACGCCAUCGAAUACCACAGCCAGGUGCCCAAGUGUUUGUACGAGUUUAUCGAUUCGCACUAAACGAGAUGGAUAAUUUCCGGAAGGAUUAGAUCGUUUCGUUUUAUUGUAGCGUUAAGAAUGACGAGACCGGGUGCGUGUAUCAGAGUAGGAAUGAACUUGUUUUAAAACCAUUUAGCGAUUUUAAGUUCCCGCGAAAGUGCUUCUCGCUUCCCUCACAAUUUCACUCAUUCGGUGAUGCUUAUUCGAUAUGAUGCCCCCUACCCUAUCGCUGUGAAACCAUUUUCAUUGAAUUAUCAUGACGACCAUCAGCUGCCGAUUUGAGCGAGCAAUGCAAAACGGACAAGAGUGAUGAGUUUCAGUUACUUUUAAUUCAGGAAGCGAGCCCAGCAUGACUCGGCUGCGAGUUUCGAGUGCAUAUAGCAGGAAGGUUGCAUUUCUUAACUAAUGAAACAGUUCGCCAUUAUGUAUGAAAUUCGCAGCGCGAGAAAAAGCAUUCAGAGUCUGAACCAUUGAACGAAGAAUGAAUGCUCGAUGAGAUGAUUUUGAUUCUACUUCGUGUUCACACAGUAAGAUUUUUCUGUUUAGUUAAGUUAGAAUUCAUAUUUUGGCCAUUUACAAUUUUACGCAUGUUUGAAAUUGUGAAUGAGACGCAUAGGCGUCGGACGAAACGUGUGGUGAUAAUUAAGGUUGAGUUGUAUUUUAAUGUGAACCAACUAAUUGAAAGUUUACAUUUUCGCUCAUUCAAGUUAUUUUCCCGAGCUUUAUUAUUCUAGUGAAACUAUUUUUACAGUUUGUACCGUUUAUGUUUUAGAUUAGCGUUUAGGAUGAUAUUCUGCAUGUGUAUCUUCAUUUAAGUUCUCAAGUGUUCAGGAAACGAGUGUAUAUGUUUUAGUCUCCUAUUUGCAAUGGCAAUUAUAAAUGUUGCAAUCUAACUAUCAUCGUGAAAGCAGCCGGUUUAUCUGCUAAUCAUCAUUAGAAUAUAGGAAAAGUUGGUUGAUAUACGCUCCGCUGGAUAACUGUUCUAGAUGCUAGUAUACCUGCGAGAAUAUGUAGAAUACUCCCUAGUUAGCAAAAUUUCAUAAUACACAUUAUCAGUCCUAUUCGGUCUCAUACAAGCAGCAAUAAUAGCAUCACAUUUUUAGGCAUAACAUGAAUCGAUAUACGAAUUUCCCUAAUACUAGGGCAUCGAUUUCAUGAUUUACAAGAUUUAUUUGACAAAAGUUGGUUAUAUUCAAAUGUAUCUCAAUUCGUGUUCAGGACACGUGAAUCAUGAAUGCGAAGCACAUUUCGCAUUCUUGAUACGCUGGUUUGCAAAUCGAACAAGAAAAUAUUUCUCGACACGAAAUAAAGCAGACUUAACAUUUUGUUUCAUAAAGGCCGCUUACUAGCUACUAUAAUAGUAAUGCAUCUAUUUCAACGACUGUUGUACUUUUUGAAAUAACAAGGAUUUCGAGAUUUUUCGAAAAUUUCGAUUUCGAGAGGAUUUCGAAAAUCAUAAAAAUAUGUGUCAAAAAUACAGUGAUUGACCAAUUUUAGAAUACAUACAAGCCGCCAUUGCCGACGUUGGAAACCGAUCAAACAAAUUUAAUAUUUCGAAGACAGCAUGAAGUUUGAUGCUUAAUUGACUUUGAACAGUACAGCGUCCCAUACUCGGUAAAAGCGGUAGUGGUAUGUUGAAAUCCAUCAACAUUGCCCUUCUGGACUCUCCAGGAGUAAUGGCAAAUGGAAUUGUUAUAUCUUCGAAAAAGUUUAAAGGUGCAUAUGAUAGUUUCGAUUUUGGUAUUAUCUUUCGUUUACUAUUGUCUUUAUUUCGCGCACAGUCAAAAUGAGAAAAUAUUAUCAUUUGACAAGUUCUACAGCGUUUCAAGUAGCAAAGUCGACAAAAAUAAACAUCUUGCAAAACAAUCGCCAUUUCAAUAUGUUACAAUUAAUAUAGAAUGUAUCAUUUUAUCCGCGUUGACAAAGGGAAGUGUAUAUUUAAACCAAACUAUGGAACUAUGUAACAGUUUCAUUGAAUAAAUAAACGCAUAUAGAGGGAAAACCAAGUGAGAGCGAAUAGGAACCACAUUGAUAACACUCAAAAACCAGAACGAUUAUUAGUAUGAAAAAUUAUACAAAAUAAAAAAUGUUAAAAAUGAA